AUGUUCGCUCUUAACGUACUGAUUUUGCUCCUAGUUGGAAUUGUUCUUUGCAGUGCUGACGAAAAUGGAUCAAUUUUUGUGCAAACCUCGAAUGGGAUUGUUAAAGGAUCUUAUGGACAGAGAACUACUGGUGACCGAAAACUUCUUUACUGGUUCAGAGGGAUACCAUUUGCUGAACCACCUGUCGGUAAUUUAAGGUUUGAAGCACCAGCGGCGAAGAAAAAUUGGACAGGAACAUUGGAUGUAACAGUGGAACCGCCUGUAUGUGUUGAAGGAUCAAAUCCUCCCAUAGGAAGCGAAGAUUGUUUAUAUCUUAGAAUUUACACCAACAUGGAACCAAACCCAAAGAACAACCUCCCAGUUUUAGUCUGGAUCGCUGGAGGUGCUUUCGUAGUCGGACCUCUUAAUUUUAAAGAUCACAGCCUUGAAUAUCUCCUCGAUCAAGAUGUUAUCAUAGUCGGUAUUCACUACAGACUUGGUUUACUUGGUUUCUUAUCGUUAGGAGAUACUGUUGCUCCAGGAAACAAUGGAAUAAGGGAUCAAAUAAUGGCUUUGAAGUGGAUUAAAAAUAACAUCAAAAACUUUGGUGGUAAUCCAAAUAAUGUUACCAUUUUUGGUCAAAGUGCGGGCGCUGCUUCUGUUGCUUAUUUGUUGCAAAUUGAGGAAACUAAAGGACUCUUUAACAAAGCUAUUCUCAGCUCUGGAUCAUCCCUUAGCUCCUGGUCAUUGGGAAAGAGGGUACCACAAGUUACCAAAGCAAUUGCUAAAGAACUAAAAAUCAGUACUAAUAGUCUUGCUUUUGCGCCAGUUACAGAACCAGAUCACGAGAAAGCUAUUAUUACUGGACGAUCUCAUGAAAGGUUAAUUAAUGGACAGUUUCACCACGUGCCUAUACUGAUGGGAUACAACUCUUUGGAAGGCUAUUUUGACAGUCUACCCGCACUAUUGAGACUUUGGAUGGCAAAAUACGACCUACUUGUCUCACUAUUAGUUCCUGAAGACUUGAAUGUUAGUAGUUCAGUUAUAAGACAUUUAUUGGGAACUAGAAUUAAGACCAAAUACUUUGGCAAUAAUUCCGUUGCACUUUCUAACAAGACACUAAUGAGAUUCAUUGCCGAUUCACAAUUUGAAAGACCAGUUCAAGAGGCUAUUCGUCUAUAUUCACAAAAAACGAAAGUAUACUCAUACUACUUCGCUUAUCAAGGACCACUAUGGGGUAGAGUUAAAAGAACUGUUGACGGUGUUGGACAUGCAGAAGAUUUAGGUUACCUCUUCGAUUAUGGUUACGGAGGAUCAGAUGCAGAUUACCGAACAAGAAACCGUAUGGUAAAACUCUGGACAAACUUUGUAAAAACUGGUAACCCAACCCCUACGAAAGAAGCUUUACUCCAAGAUAUAGUGUGGCCAGCAAAUGAAGGUUCAGAUGAUUUGAAGUAUCUUGAAAUAAACACAAAUUUAAGCGUUAUUAGUCUACCAAAUUCAAACAAUAUUAACUUCUGGAGGGAUAUGUACAAAGGUUAUGGAAAACCACCAUACGCCACUUAUUAAACUAAUUUGGGAUAUUUGAAUUAUUAAAAUAAAUCAUGAAGA